AUGGCGGAGUUAGGGAAUGGAAUUGAUCUUAUUUCUUUCUGUUUCCGGGCGGAUCCGGUAUGUGGAGCCGAUGGAGUAACGUACUGGUGCGGUUGUCCUGACGCAGCUUGUCACGGCGCCCGUGUAGUCAAAACAGGAGCUUGUGACACAGGUAAUGCUGGAAGUGCUUCUGUUCCAGGGCAAGCUUUGUUAUUGAUUCAUAUUGUUUGGCUUUUCUUGCUCGGGCUCUCUCUUCUCGUUGGUGUCUUCUGAUCUUCUUGAGAGUUCAUGGCGGAGUUAGGGAAUGGAAUUGAUCUUAUUUCUUUGUAACUUUUUAGUCAUCACUUUACAGAGCAUAUGUGCCUUGAGAUAGAUGUCACACGUCCUGAGUUUUGUAUGUGUAAUGUUGAGUAUUGUUUUGCUUUGUGUGCUAUAUAUAAAUAUGUAAUUGAUUCUGUUUCAAAUUCAUUAUAUCAAGAUAUGAUCAGACAGAUGCUUAAUACUUUCAACACCUAUCAAAGUUCAUUUUGGUUUCCUUUA